CAUCCCAGGGCGGGGACAUAAAAGCAAGGUUGAGCACAGGCCGUCCCACCUUGGCACAGUUGGAAAGAGCAGCAGGAGGCGGCAACAGCAGAGGACCUGCCUGGCAGAGGACCCACAGAGACCCACUUGCCACCCGCAAAGGGAGCAGAAGAGUCACCUGCUUGAGCCAGGAGUGGGAGACUCGGAACAACUGCACAAACAGAAUGGAGGCAAGGGGCCCAGCAGGGUCAGCAGCCAUGCCAGGGGGUUACAUCUCCCCCAGCAGCACCUCAGCAGCACCAAAGGCAGACCCACGCAUCAGGAGCAUUGCCGGAGUCUACGUGGAGGCCUCUUCUGGCAAGACGAUGAGCCUUAAUGAAGCUGUCCAGCAUCAUUUGCUGCAGCCUGACGUUGCAUCAGCUCUCUUGGAGGCCCAGGCAGCCACCGGUGGCAUCGUUGACCUUGCAGGAAAGCAGCUGGUCUCUGUAGCACAGGCCCUGGAGAUGGGACUGGCAGGGCUGGAGAUGAAGGAGAAGCUGCUCUGCGCAGAGCGAGCAGCAACGGGCUUCACAGACCCUUAUACAGAGCAGAAGAUCUCCCUCUACCAAGCCUUGCAGAAAGAGCUCCUUGGAAGGGAACAAGGCCUGUAUCUGCUGGAUGCCCAAUUAGCCACCGGGGGCACCAUUGAGCCAGCCACUGGUCAGCGCAUCCCUCCACAAGAGGCUUAUGAGAAGGGCUACCUUGAUGAGAAACUAAGCAACUUCCUCUCUGACCCUGAGAACGAGGAGGCCAAGGGCUUCUUGGACCCAAACAACAACCAGAAGGUCACCUACAUGGAGCUGAUGAGAAGGUGCAUUUGUGACCACACCAAAGGCCUGCUCUUGUUGCCACUGAAAAUCUCCUUCCCUGGGCUGAGAGGGUCUGUGUGCAGCCAUGAGCUCCUGGAUGCUGGAAUCAUUGACUCAGCCAUGUUCAAAGCCCUCCAUGACGGGGAGCUCACGGUGCAGGAAGUGGCGGAGAUGGACUCUGUUCAGGGGUACCUCUCUGGGACAAAGAGUAUUGCCGGUGUGGCGCUGCUGCACACCAAUGAAUGCAAGAGUCUGUACCAGGCUUUAGUGGAGCACCUCCUAAUGCCAGGCACAGCUGUGAUUCUCCUGCAGGCUCAGGCUGCGACAGGAUGCUUGAUAGACCCUGUAAGGAACGAGAAGUUCACGGCCGAUGCUGCCAUCCGCGCAGGAGUUGUUGGGCCAGAGCUCCAUGAGAAUCUGUCUUCAGCAGAGAAAGCAGUCACAGGGUACAAAGACCCCUACACUGGUGAGAUGGUCUCUCUGUUUCAAGCCAUGAAGAAGGGUCUUGUGCCCAGGGACCCUGGCAUUUUCCUGCUGGAUGCCCAGUUUGCCACUGGAGGCAUCGUUGACCCCCACACGCAUCACCGGCUUCCUGUGGAGAUGGCCUGUCAGCGGGGCCACUUAGACAAGGACACAGAGAGCCUCCUCUGCAAUCCCACAGAUGAGAUCCGUGGGUUCUUUGAGCCCAACUCCAAGGAGAACUUGUCCUAUGCAGAACUGCUCUUGAGAUGCGUCACAGAUCCAGACACGGGGCUCUGCCUCCUGCCUCUCUCAGGAGGCCAUGGAAGGGAACACUCCUUCAUUAACCACAACACAAAGUCUGCUCUGGAGAACACGACGGUGUCUGUGUCCUGUGGGAAAUUCAAGGGGAAGCACGUUUCACUCUGGAAGCUCCUUUUCUCAGAGUACUUUACAGGACAGCAGAGGACAGCCCUCAUGCAGCAGUUCUCCUCUGGGCGCCUUUCCACUCGGCAACUGGCUGACAAAGUCUCUCACACCGUCCAGCAAGCCGUUGCCAACUCCAGAGUCACCUUUGAGGGCUUGAGGGACAAGGUGACACCCGCCCAGCUUCUGAGCUCAGACAUCAUCAACAAGAAUUUGUUUGAGAAGCUGACCCAAGGGGAGACCUUGGCCAAAGAUGUUGUCAACAUGGGCACGGUGAAGAAGUAUCUGGAAGGGACGGGCAGCAUCAGUGGGCUGCUUCUGCCUGACUCCCAGGAGAAGAUCAGCAUCUACCAAGCAAAGAGAAAAGGCUUCCUGCGGCCAGGGACCUCCCUCAUCCUCCUGGAGGCUCAGGCUGCCACGGGAUACAUCAUUGACCCUGCAACCAACAAGAAAUACUCUGUGGACGAGGCCCUGAGGGCCAACGUAAUUGGCCCAGAUGUUUACGACAAGCUCCUGGCUGCCGAGAAAGCUGUCACUGGCUACAGGGAUCCUUACACAGGAGAAAAGAUCUCCCUCUUCCAGGCUAUGAUGAAGGAUCUGAUCAUCAGGGACCAUGCCAUCCGCCUGCUGGAAGCACAGAUAGCGACGGGGGGCAUCAUCGACCCCAUCAACAGCCACCGCCUGCCUGUGGAAGUUGCCUACAAACGGGGUUACUUUGACAAAAAGAUGAAUCUGAUUCUCUCGGACCCCAGUGAUGACACCAAGGGCUUCUUUGACCCAAACACCCAUGAGAACCUGACCUACCUGCAGCUGAAGGAGAAGUGCAUCAUAGAGCCCUCAACCUCCCUCUGCCUCCUGCCGCUGAACAGCAAGAAGCCGCGGUUCAUUGAUGACACCACCAAGCAAGCAUUCAGGGGCUCCUCGGUCUUUGUGAAAUAUGGGCGCUUCCAAGGGCAAAGGGUCUCCCUGUGGGAUUUGCUGAACUCUGAGUACUUCAGCGAGGGCAAGAGGAGGGAAAUAUUCAACCAUUACUGCCUGCAGAAGGUCACCCUGGAGAAAAUCCGGCUCAUGUUGGAGGAGGAGAUGAAGAAAUGGGCCUGCAUCCAGUUCCCAGCCAUAAGGGGCCGCGUCACUGCCUACCACCUGAUGGAGAUGGGCAUAAUCGACAGGACCCUCUUUGAAAGUUUGUUGGAGGGAGCUGUGAGCCCGGAGGAGGUUCUGUGCAUGGGCUCUGUCCGAAAAUACCUCUAUGGCACUGGAAGCAUCGGAGGCAUUGUGCUGCAGCCCUCCAAUGAACGAGUGAGUCUCUACGAAGCCAUGAAGAGGAACAUUGUGGUGCCAGGGGUAGCCGUGCCCUUACUUGAGGCACAAGCAGCCACUGGCUUCAUCGUUGACCCAGUGAAGAAUAAAAAACUUGGCCUGGAUGAGGCUGUGAAGGAAGGCCUUGUUGGCCCUGAGCUCUAUGAGAAACUCCAACGGGCAGAAGAGGCUGUCACUGGCUACAAGGAUCCUUUCACAGGCAAGAAGAUCUCCCUCUUCCAAGCCAUGAAGAAGGGCCUCGUGGCUGACAAACAAGCCAGGCAGCUGAUGGAUGCCCAGCUGUCAACGGGGGGUGUCAUUGAUCCGCACAGCGGACAUUAUGUCCCAGUAGAAUUUGCCCAGAAAAAAGGUUACUUGGAUGAGGACUUCAGCAAGACACUUUCCAACCCAAGCAGUGGUGCCAAAACUUUCAGCACUCUGGACAGAAAGGAGAUGGUGACCUACAGCCAGCUGAUAGAUCAGUGUCAGAAGGAUGAAGCCUCUGGUGUCCACCUGCUACCUCUUCCACAAGCAGCUUCUCCUGCCUCCACAGAUGAGCAGAUCAAGCAGCUCUUCAUGGAGACCUAUGUGCAGGGCAAAAGGGUCUCCCUCUGGGAGCUCCUGAAUUCUGGCUACUUCACGGAGGAGCAGAGAAGAGACUUCCUGGAGAAGUAUAGGUCUGAGGCAUUAUCACUACAGCAGCUGGUCACCCUUGUCCAGGAACUCAUCAAGGAAAUGGAACUGAAGGCUCAAAGUCAGGUCACUUUCCAAGGCCUGAGAGGUGCAGUUCCUGCAGUCUGGCUUUUGGAUACUGGCAUCAUUUCGGAAAAGAUAUUCAGAGAGCUGGCUCAGGGCAGGAGGACAGCCAGAGAAGUGUCUGAGAUGGAGAGCGUAAAGAAAUACUUGCAGGGCACUGGGAGCAUCGCUGGGGUCUUCAUUCAGGCCUCCAACGAGAAAAUGAGCAUUUACCAAGCUAUGCAGAAGAGCCUCCUUCUCCCAGGCACAGGGGCAAGGCUUCUGGAAGCCCAGGCAGCAACAGGUUCCAUCACAGACCUUGUGACCAACCAGAGGCUUAGAGCAGAAGAGGCCAUCAAAGCUGGCAUUGUGGGUGAAGAACUUGUGGAGCAGCUACUGCAGGCUGAGAGGGCCCUGACAGGCUAUCCUGACCCCUACUCAGGGAAGCCUAUCUCAGUGUAUCAGGCAAUCCAGAAGGAGCUGAUCUCCACCACUGCUGGCAUCCCCUUGCUUGAAGCACAGCUGGCCACUGGAGGGGUUAUCGAUCCCAUCCACCACCACCACCUUCCUCUCCACGCGGCCUACAAGUACAACUUCUACGAUGAGGAAAUGCACAAGACUCUUUCUCAGCACAAUGACGACACCUGUGUCUUCUUUGACCCCAACACGCAGGAAAGCCUGACCUACCAGCAGCUGAAGGAGAGGUGUGUCCGGGAUGCCGAGACAGGACACUUGCUGCUUCCUCUCUCGGAAGAGGCCACUUUCUAUGCGGAUCAGCAGACGAUGGAAGUGCUGAAAUCUGUCACUGUUGGUGUCAACAUUGGGCGGUUUAAAGGCCAAGAAGCUUCGCUCUGGGACUUACUCAACUCUGAGUACAUCACCAACAGCAAGCGGAGAGAGCUGGUGGCAGCAUACAAAGAGGGGAAUGCUGAGGUCCUUGAUGAGAUUGCAGUGGCUGCCUCCAAGAUCAUCGAAGACACAGAGCAGCAGAGCAAGAGGUUCACUUUCAAGGGCCUGCGCAAACAGGUGUCGGCCAGUGACCUCUUCCAGUCGGAGCUCAUAGACAAGGAAACUCUGGACGAACUGAGAGAGGGAAAGAAAACUGUCCAGGAAGUCACCAAAAUGGAUUCAGUCAGCCGAUACCUUGAGGGCUGCAACUUCAUCGCUGGAGUCCUUCUACAGCCAAGCCAGGAGAGGUUGAGCAUCUACCAGGCCAUGAGGCAGAGUCUCCUCCGGCCAGGGGCAGCUCUGGUGCUGCUGGAAGCCCAGGCUGCCACUGGCUUCCUUCUUGACCCAGUGAGAAACAAGAAGUUGUCAGUAGACGAAGCGUUGGCAGGCGGGCUGAUCGGAAGAGAGAUUUAUGAGAAGCUGCUGAGUGCAGAAAAAGCUGCGACAGGAUACACACACCCCUACACAAAAGAACAGAUCUCCCUCUUUGAGGCCAUGAAUGAAGGGCUCAUUGUGAAAAGCCAUGGCAUUCGUCUCCUUGAGGCCCAGAUAGCCACCGGGGGCAUCAUUGACCCUGUUCACAGCCACCGCAUCCCCGUAGAAGUAGCUUACAGACGAGGUUACUUUGAUGAAAAACUGAACCAAAUCCUUUUGGACCCCACAGAUGAUACCAAAGGCUUUUUUGACCCCAACACCCAUGAGAAUCUCACCUACUUGCAGCUUCUAGAACGAUGCACCCAAGAUCCAGAGACUGGACUGUACAUGCUGCAAAUAGUCAAAAGGGGUGGAAGGUACUUCUACAUCAAUGAGGCAACCAAACAGUUCCUGCAAGCACAACCGAUGCAGAUGCACAUUGGCAGGUACAAAGGCCAAACUGUCUCCAUGUGGGACCUCCUUUGCUCCCCAUACAUUCAGGAACAGAGAAGAAAAGAGCUGGUGCGCCAGUACAAGUUUGAGGGCCUGACCCUGGAACAACUCAGCAAAGCCAUCACUGCUAUCAUCGAGGAAACGGAGCAGCAGAUGCAGGCACUCAAGCUGAAGGGACCGAGGGGGGAUGUGUCAGCGGCAGAGCUGUUCAACUCUGAGAUCAUUGAUAAGAAGACGCUGGAUGGGCUUCACCAGGGGCCUUGUGCCCUUCAGCAGCUUGCCCAGAAGGACUCCGUGAAGCGAUACCUGGAGGGAACAGGCUGCAUCGCUGGAGUCUUAGUAGCCAAAGGGCAGAAGAUGACCAUCUAUGAAGCCAUGAAGAAAGGGGUCCUGUCCCCAGAACAUGGUCUGAUGUUGCUGGAAGCACAGGCUGCCACCGGAUUCAUCAUCGACCCAUUGAAGAAGAAAACAUUCUCCGUUGACCAAGCAAUCUCUGUGAGGCUUGUGGGUGAAGACCUUCGAGAGAAACUUCUUUCUGCAGAGAAAGCCGUUACUGGCUACACUGACCCUUCCACAGGGAACAAAAUAUCUCUCUUCCAAGCCAUGAAAAAAAGCAUCAUAGAGAAAGGACUUGCUCUCAGGCUUCUGGAGGCCCAGAUUGCCACUGGUGGCAUCAUUGACCCUGUGCAUGGUCACCGCAUCCCUGUGGAGGUGGCUUACAAACGGGAGUGUUUGGAUGAGGGCACUUACCUGUGGCUUUCUGAUCCAAAAUAUGCUACCAAAGGAUUUGUGGAUCCCAACACCCAGGAAAGGAUUACCUACGCCCAACUAUUGCACAGGUGCACCAAAGAGACAGGGAUGUACCUCCUACAGCUGCUGAGCAAGAGGGACUAUUUCUAUGUAGAUGAAAUAACAAAAAAUAUAUUUUCAUCCACCAAAGUAAAUGUAACACUUGGGAAAUUCAGGGGCCAGAUUGUGUCUCUGUGGGACCUUCUUUCUUCAAGCUACUUCACUGAAGAGAAGAGGAACGAGCUGAUUAAAAAAUACAAACUGGAAUCUUCUGCUGUUCUACAGCACAUCACGGACGAAAUUCUGAACAUAAUAAAAGAAAAAGAAGAAAAUAGAAGAGAUAUAUGGUUCCAAGGGCUACGGAAACAAGUCACAGCUUCGGAACUACUGAAAGCAGAAAUAAUAGGUAAAGAGACUCUGAAGAACCUGGAGGAAGGAAAGCAGACGGCAAAAGACGUGGCAAAGAUCGACUCGGUGAAACGAUACCUGGAAGGCACCAGCUGCAUUGCCGGAGUGCUUGUGCCGUCCAAGACAGAUCCUUCCAAGACCGAGAAGAUGAGUAUCUACCAGGCCAUGUGGAAGAAUGUCUUGAGGCCAGGAACUGCUCUGGUGCUGCUGGAGGCACAAGCAGCCACUGGGUUCAUCAUUGACCCCCUGAAGAAUGAAAGACUGUCUGUCAAUGAGGCCAUCUCUGCCAGGCUGGUGGGUGGAGAAAUUCACAACAAGCUUCUUUGUGCUGAGAAAGCUGUCACUGGAUAUACUGAUCCAAACACAGGGAAAAAGAUCUCUCUUUUCCAGGCCAUGAAGAAAGAUCUGAUCAUCAAAGAGCAUGGCAUCCGCCUGCUAGAAGCCCAGAUUGCUACGGGGGGCAUAAUUGACCCAGUCAACAGCCAUCGUGUCCCAGUUGAGGUGGCCUACAAACGGGGCUAUUUUGAUGAGAAAAUGAACCAAAUUCUCUCAGACCCCAGUGAUGACACCAAGGGCUUCUUUGACCCCAACACCCACGAGAACCUGACAUAUAUGCAGUUGCUUAAGAGAUGUGUUCAUGACACAGAAACUGGACUAAUGAUGCUUCAAAUACAGGAUCAGACCACAACUGCCUUUAGUUUGGAGGAAAAUAUAAAGAAGACUUUGAGGUCUAGAACUACAAGAGUAAAUGUGGGUCAUUUCCAAGGACAGGAGGUUUCCCUUUGGGAUCUCCUCUUCUCUAAAUACAUUACAGAAAAUAAAAGCCAAGAGCUCAUAAGACUGUACAAAUCUGGAAAAAUAACAAUUCAGGAAAUGAUUCCUACAUUGAUAUCAACCAUCAAAGAGAAAGAGGAGCAGAGCAUCAAUCAAAAGAGAAAACUAGACCAUGACACCAUCCACCCAUCCUUCAAAGAGAGCUGGCAGAAGACCUUGAAGUCCACGACCCUCCAAAUGCCUGCUGGGCCGCAAAGAAGCCAGACGGUCACUGUGUGGGACCUGCUCUUCUCCAACUAUAUCACGGAAGAAAAGAGGGCAGAGUUCUUGGACUUGUACAAGAGAGGGAUGCUACCAAUGGACCGGUUGAUCUAUGUCCUCACCACCCUGGUCACAAAAAAGGAAGCCACAAGUAGGAAAUUGGACAUUAAAGUGAGAAGCCCCAGCAACGAUGACCUUGAGGGGGAGGGGGAGGAAGACGAUGACGAUGACGAACAGGAGAUGGACAAUCCAGAACUGGGAGAAAAGGAAGCGGCUCUGAAAUCCCGGAAGGUUAAGGUCACGGCAAGCGCGUUCCACGGAAGGGAGGUUUCCGUGUGGGACGUGCUUCACUCCAAAUACAUCCCUGAGGAGAAGCGGAAGGAGCUCCUUCAACUCUACAAAUCUGGCAUCCUCACCAUUGACCAAAUGGAAACUGUAGUCACCGCCAUCGUCAACAAAACAGAGGAGGAGAAAACGAAGGAAGCAUCCCACUCGCCCUCGCCCUCAGGAAGCUGGGAAGAGCCCUUGCGGAAUCAUACCGUGGUCCUGCACGUCGGUGAGUUCCAGGGGCAAGAAGUCUCCCUGUGGGACCUCCUCUUCUCUCAAUACGUUCCAGCAGCCCAGAGAGAGGAGAUCUUCACAAAGUACCGGUCAGGAAUCCUCAGCAUUCAGGAAAUGAUCGUCACGCUGGCCCCCCUUCUCACAGAGACAGGAGGAAGCCACGGUGGAGAUAGAGAAGGUGCCUGCAGUCCUAGCAGGGAAAGGACUCCGUCCCACGGAGAUGCUGCUGCAGCAUCCUCGCGCGAGGAAGAACUGGAAAGUGCCUUGCGGCAGGUCACCGUGGAGAUGCCCUCGGGCGAGUUCCAAGGCCACAAGCAGUCCGCAUGGGAGCUUCUCUUCUCCAAAUACGUGACCGCAGACAAACGGCAGGAACUCCUGGAGAAGUACCGAGCAGGAUCCUUGACCAGCGAGGAGCUCGUCCGAAGAAUCACCAUCCUCAUAGAGGAGAUGGAGGAAAAGAGCAACAAGCUGAAAUUCUCUGGGCUCAGGAGGCAGGUGACAGCCUCAGAGCUCUUCAACUCGGAAAUCAUUGACAAGGAAACACUCUCUGAACUCACGCACGGAACCAAAACUGUAGAAGAGGUCACAGAAAGAGAUUCGGUGAAGCGAUACCUGGAGGGCACCAGCUGCAUUGCCGGAGUUCUCGUGCCAUCCCGCUCAGACCCUUCCAAGACAGAGAAGAUGACCAUCUACCAGGCCAUGUGGAAAGGCUUCUUGAGGCCGGGCACUGCCCUGGUGCUGCUGGAGGCACAGGCCGCCACGGGGUUCAUCACGGACCCCCUGAAGAACGAGAAGCUCUCUGUCGACGAAGCUGUCUCUGCCGAGCUGGUGGGUGCCGAGCUGAAGGACAAGCUUCUCUCUGCAGAGAGAGCCGUGACCGGAUACAACGACCCCUACACGGGGAACAAGAUCUCCCUUUUCCAGGCCAUGAAGAAAGGCCUCAUCGUCAAAGAUCAUGGCAUCCGCCUCCUGGAGGCUCAGAUCGCCACUGGCGGCAUAAUCGACCCAGUGCAAAGUCAUCGCCUCCCCGUGAACGUAGCAUACAAGCGGGGCUUCUUUGACGAGGAAAUGAACCGCAUCCUCUCAGAUCCCACCGAUGACACCAAGGGCUUCUUCGACCCCAACACCCACGAGAACCUCACGUACUUGCAGCUUCGGCACAGGUGUCUCCCCGAUCCAGAAACCGGUCUGUUGAUGCUCCAAGUGAUGGACAAGGGCUCCUUUUCCUUCUAUCUGAACGACAGCACAAGGAAGGCCCUGCAGUCUGCCAAGACCAGGGUUGGUGUGGGCCUAUUCGAGGGCCAAGAUGUCUCCGCCUGGGACCUCCUCUUCUCCAGAUACACCUCUCCCCAUAAGAGGAUGGAGCUGCUGAGGCAGUACAAAGCUGGCACCCUAACCCUUGAGGAGAUCACCCACAUCCUCGUUACCAUCGUUACCGAGAAAGAGGAAAGGAACACCAAGCUCACGGGCCGUGAACACGCUCCACGUACACCUCAAGCAACAUCACCCAAGCAAGACACUGCCCACCCAUCCUUUGAAGAGAACUGGCAGAAGACCUUGAAGUCCACGACCCUCCAAAUGCCUGCUGGGCCGCAAAGAGGCCAGACGGUCACUGUGUGGGACCUGCUCUUCUCCAACUAUAUCACGGAAGAAAAAAGGGCAGAGUUCUUGGACUUGUACAAGAGAGGGAUGCUACCAAUGGACCGGUUGAUCUAUGUCCUCACCACCCUGGUCACAAAAAAGGAAGCCACAAGUAGGAAAUUGGACAUUAAAGUGAGAAGCCCCAGCAACGAUGACCUUGAGGGGGAGGGGGAGGAAGACGAUGACGAUGAUGAACAGGAGAUGGACGAUCCAGAACUGGGAGAAAAGGAAGCGGCUCUGAAAUCCCGGAAGGUUAAAGUCACGGCAAGCGCGUUCCACGGAAGGGAGGUUUCCGUGUGGGACGUGCUUCACUCCAAAUACAUCCCUGAGGAAAAGCGGAAGGAGCUCCUUCAACUCUACAAAUCUGGCAUCCUCACCAUUGACCAAAUGGAAACUGUAGUCACCGCCAUCGUCAACAAAACAGAGGAGGAGAAAACGAAGGAAGCAUCCCACUCGCCCUCGCCCUCAGGAAGCUGGGAAGAGCCCUUGCGGAAUCAUACCGUGGUCCUGCACGUCGGUGAGUUCCAGGGGCAAGAAGUCUCCCUGUGGGACCUCCUCUUCUCUCAAUACGUUCCAGCAGCCCAGAGAGAGGAGAUCUUCACAAAGUACCGGUCAGGAAUCCUCAGCAUUCAGGAAAUGAUCGUCACGCUGGCCCCCCUUCUCACAGAGACAGGAGGAAGCCACGGUGGAGAUAGAGAAGGUGCCUGCAGUCCUAGCAGGGAAAGGACUCCGUCCCACGGAGAUGCUGCUGCAGCAUCCUCGCGCGAGGAAGAACUGGAAAGUGCCUUGCGGCAGGUCACCGUGGAGAUGCCCUCGGGCGAGUUCCAAGGCCACAAGCAGUCCGCAUGGGAGCUUCUCUUCUCCAAAUACGUGACCGCAGACAAACGGCAGGAACUCCUGGAGAAGUACCGAGCAGGAUCCUUGACCAGCGAGGAGCUCGUCCGAAGAAUCACCAUCCUCAUAGAGGAGAUGGAGGAAAAGAGCAACAAGCUGAAAUUCUCUGGGCUCAGGAGGCAGGUGACAGCCUCGGAGCUCUUCAACUCGGAAAUCAUUGACAAGGAAACACUCUCUGAACUCACGCACGGAACCAAAACUGUAGAAGAGGUCACAGAAAGAGAUUCGGUGAAGCGAUACCUGGAGGGCACCAGCUGCAUUGCCGGAGUUCUCGUGCCAUCCCGCUCAGACCCUUCCAAGACAGAGAAGAUGACCAUCUACCAGGCCAUGUGGAAAGGCUUCUUGAGGCCGGGCACUGCCCUGGUGCUGCUGGAGGCACAGGCCGCCACGGGGUUCAUCACGGACCCCCUGAAGAACGAGAAGCUCUCUGUCGACGAAGCUGUCUCUGCCGAGCUGGUGGGUGCCGAGCUGAAGGACAAGCUUCUCUCUGCAGAGAGAGCCGUGACCGGAUACAACGACCCCUACACGGGGAACAAGAUCUCCCUUUUCCAGGCCAUGAAGAAAGGCCUCAUCGUCAAAGAUCACGGCAUCCGCCUCCUGGAGGCUCAGAUCGCCACUGGCGGCAUAAUCGACCCAGUGCAAAGUCAUCGCCUCCCCGUGAAUGUAGCAUACAAGCGGGGCUUCUUUGACGAGGAAAUGAACCGCAUCCUCUCAGAUCCCACCGAUGACACCAAGGGCUUCUUCGACCCCAACACCCACGAGAACCUCACGUACUUGCAGCUUCGGCACAGGUGUCUCCCCGAUCCAGAAACCGGUCUGUUGAUGCUCCAAGUGAUGGACAAGGGCUCCUUUUCCUUCUAUCUGAACGACAGCACAAGGAAGGCCCUGCAGUCUGCCAAGACCAGGGUUGGUGUGGGCCUAUUCGAGGGCCAAGAUGUCUCCGCCUGGGACCUCCUCUUCUCCAGAUACACCUCUCCCCAUAAGAGGAUGGAGCUGCUGAGGCAGUACAAAGCUGGCACCCUAACCCUUGAGGAGAUCACCCACAUCCUCGUUACCAUCGUUACCGAGAAAGAGGAAAGGAACACCAAGCUCACGGGCCGUGAACACGCUCCACGUACACCUCAAGCAACAUCACCCAAGCAAGACACUGCCCACCCAUCCUUUGAAGAGAACUGGCAGAAGACCUUGAAGUCCACGACCCUCCAAAUGCCUGCUGGGCCGCAAAGAGGCCAGACGGUCACUGUGUGGGACCUGCUCUUCUCCAACUAUAUCACGGAAGAAAAGAGGGCAGAGUUCUUGGACUUGUACAAGAGAGGGAUGCUACCAAUGGACCGGUUGAUCUAUGUCCUCACCACCCUGGUCACAAAAAAGGAAGCCACAAGUAGGAAAUUGGACAUUAAAGUGAGAAGCCCCAGCAACGAUGACCUUGAGGGGGAGGGGGAGGAAGACGAUGACGAUGAUGAACAGGAGAUGGACGAUCCAGAACUGGGAGAAAAGGAAGCGGCUCUGAAAUCCCGGAAGGUUAAAGUCACGGCAAGUGCGUUCCACGGAAGGGAGGUUUCCGUGUGGGACGUGCUUCACUCCAAAUACAUCCCUGAGGAGAAGCGGAAGGAGCUCCUUCAACUCUACAAAUCUGGCAUCCUCACCAUUGACCAAAUGGAAACUGUAGUCACCGCCAUCGUCAACAAAACAGAGGAGGAGAAAACGAAGGAAGCAUCCCACUCGCCCUCGCCCUCAGGAAGCUGGGAAGAGCCCUUGCGGAAUCAUACCGUGGUCCUGCACGUCGGUGAGUUCCAGGGGCAAGAAGUCUCCCUGUGGGACCUCCUCUUCUCUCAAUACGUUCCAGCAGCCCAGAGAGAGGAGAUCUUCACAAAGUACCGGUCAGGAAUCCUCAGCAUUCAGGAAAUGAUCGUCACGCUGGCCCCCCUUCUCACAGAGACAGGAGGAAGCCACGGUGGAGAUAGAGAAGGUGCCUGCAGUCCUAGCAGGGAAAGGACUCCGUCCCACGGAGAUGCUGCUGCAGCAUCCUCGCGCGAGGAAGAACUGGAAAGUGCCUUGCGGCAGGUCACCGUGGAGAUGCCCUCGGGCGAGUUCCAAGGCCACAAGCAGUCCGCAUGGGAGCUUCUCUUCUCCAAAUACGUGACCGCAGACAAACGGCAGGAACUCCUGGAGAAGUACCGAGCAGGAUCCUUGACCAGCGAGGAGCUCGUCCGAAGAAUCACCAUCCUCAUAGAGGAGAUGGAGGAAAAGAGCAACAAGCUGAAAUUCUCUGGGCUCAGGAGGCAGGUGACAGCCUCGGAGCUCUUCAACUCGGAAAUCAUUGACAAGGAAACACUCUCUGAACUCACGCACGGAACCAAAACUGUAGAAGAGGUCACAGAAAGAGAUUCGGUGAAGCGAUACCUGGAGGGCACCAGCUGCAUUGCCGGAGUUCUCGUGCCAUCCCGCUCAGACCCUUCCAAGACAGAGAAGAUGACCAUCUACCAGGCCAUGUGGAAAGGCUUCUUGAGGCCGGGCACUGCCCUGGUGCUGCUGGAGGCACAGGCCGCCACGGGGUUCAUCACGGACCCCCUGAAGAACGAGAAGCUCUCUGUCGACGAAGCUGUCUCUGCCGAGCUGGUGGGUGCCGAGCUGAAGGACAAGCUUCUCUCUGCAGAGAGAGCCGUGACCGGAUACAACGACCCCUACACGGGGAACAAGAUCUCCCUUUUCCAGGCCAUGAAGAAAGGCCUCAUCGUCAAAGAUCACGGCAUCCGCCUCCUGGAGGCUCAGAUCGCCACUGGCGGCAUAAUCGACCCAGUGCAAAGUCAUCGCCUCCCCGUGAAUGUAGCAUACAAGCGGGGCUUCUUUGACGAGGAAAUGAACCGCAUCCUCUCAGAUCCCACCGAUGACACCAAGGGCUUCUUCGACCCCAACACCCACGAGAACCUCACGUACUUGCAGCUUCGGCACAGGUGUCUCCCCGAUCCAGAAACCGGUCUGUUGAUGCUCCAAGUGAUGGACAAGGGCUCCUUUUCCUUCUAUCUGAACGACAGCACAAGGAAGGCCCUGCAGUCUGCCAAGACCAGGGUUGGUGUGGGCCUAUUCGAGGGCCAAGAUGUCUCCACCUGGGACCUCCUCUUCUCCAGAUACACCUCUCCCCAUAAGAGGAUGGAGCUGCUGAGGCAGUACAAAGCUGGCACCCUAACCCUUGAGGAGAUCACCCACAUCCUCGUUACCAUCGUUACCGAGAAAGAGGAAAGGAACACCAAGCUCACGGGCCGUGAACACGCUCCACGUACACCUCAAGCAACAUCACCCAAGCAAGACACUGCCCACCCAUCCUUUGAAGAGAACUGGCAGAAGACCUUGAAGUCCACGACCCUCCAAAUGCCUGCUGGGCUGCAAAGAGGCCAGACGGUCACUGUGUGGGACCUGCUCUUCUCCAACUAUAUCACGGAAGAAAAAAGGGCAGAGUUCUUGGACUUGUACAAGAGAGGGAUGCUACCAAUGGACCGGUUGAUCUAUGUCCUCACCACCCUGGUCACAAAAAAGGAAGCCACAAGUAGGAAAUUGGACAUUAAAGUGAGAAGCCCCAGCAACGAUGACCUUGAGGGGGAGGGGGAGGAAGACGAUGACGAUGAUGAACAGGAGAUGGACGAUCCAGAACUGGGAGAAAAGGAAGCGGCUCUGAAAUCCCGGAAGGUUAAAGUCACGGCAAGCGCGUUCCACGGAAGGGAGGUUUCCGUGUGGGACGUGCUUCACUCCAAAUACAUCCCUGAGGAGAAGCGGAAGGAGCUCCUUCAACUCUACAAAUCUGGCAUCCUCACCAUUGACCAAAUGGAAACUGUAGUCACCGCCAUCGUCAACAAAACAGAGGAGAAAACGAAGGAAGCAUCCCACUCGCCCUCGCCCUCAGGAAGCUGGGAAGAGCCCUUGCGGAAUCAUACCGUGGUCCUGCACGUCGGUGAGUUCCAGGGGCAAGAAGUCUCCCUGUGGGACCUCCUCUUCUCUCAGUACAUCUCAGAGGGCAAAAGAGAAGAGCUUCUAAGCAUAUAUAGAAAUUGCCAACUAACUCCUGAGGAGUUGGCAGCUGUUCUUUCUACUCUUAUUACUGAAAUGUCAGAGCAACGUAAUAAAUUUUUAGCUGAUAAUCUAUCAUCUGCUGACAUGGCCUCAUCUGGGACAGAAGAAGCAUCACUUCUGGAAUGGGAAGAAAAGGAAAAAGCUCUGAAAUCCCGAAUGGUGGAGGUCACCAUAGGUGAGUUCCGUGGACAGAAGCUUUCUGUGUGGGACAUCCUUCACUCUAAGUACAUCCCUGAAGAGAAGCAGAAGGAGUUGUUGAAGCUGUACAAAUCUGGGAUCCUCACCAUUGAUCAAGUAGCAACUGUUGCCACCUCCAUUGUCACUAAAACUGAGGAGCAUCUGGAGAGCACUUCACAUCUUAGCAGUGACGCAAUUGAGCAAAAGGAUAUUGAAGCUCCAGAGUCAUCAUACUAUGACCUUCUCCAGCACAGCUUGCGCCUUAAAAAUAUUGAUGUCACCAUACGAGAAGUCCGUGGUCAAAAGGCUUCCGUCUGGGAUCCUUUCUUUUCACAGUUUGUCUCUAAUAUCAGGAAAGAGGAGAUUGUGCACAGACAUGGAGCACCAACAGUAAGCGUUAAAGAAAGUAUUAAAAGCAUCACUACACUUAUUACACAACCCACAAUGGGUAGUGGCACACCAUGCAGAAGUGAGGAAAUUCCCAUGGAAGACAUUAAACCACCCAGAACACUUGACACUUCUAAGGCAGAAGACCAAGAGAAAACGCAGGAUUCUUUGAAAUCCAGACUAGUCAACAUAUCCAUUGGUCAAUUCCAUGAGCCCCAUGUAUCAUUGUGGGAUCUACUCCAUUCUCAUUAUAUCCCUGAGGAGAAACGGAAGGAGCUGCUGCAACUGUACCAAUCUGGCAUCCUCACCAUUGACCAAAUGGAAACCGUGGUGACUUCUAUCAUCAACAGAACAGAAGAGGAGAACAUCACUGACCCUGGACGCAUUGAAAGUCCAAAGCCAGAGACACAAUUGUCAGAAAGAGUUGAGAAAGUUUGCCUCUCCACUUCCUCUUCUUUGGAAAACAUGCUACGCUCUGAGAGUUUUGUGGUACCAGUUGGAGAGUUCAAAGGGCAGAUGGUGUCUUGCUGGAAUCUUCUCUCCUCCAAAUACAUCUCAGAGGAGAAGAAGCAGGAACUUCUAAACAAAUGUGAAGCCAAAGCGCUCUCUGUGCAGGAACUGAUCGGCAUUCUCACCAACAUCAUCACCAAAAUGGAAAAGUGUGACAGAGAUCAGUCAGCAAGUGCAGAGGGCAGGCUCACGGAGGAACACGUCGAUUCACAUGCACGGCAGCAGCAGCUGAGGAAAUCCUUGAGGACAACUAUGGUCCACGUGACUGUAGGAGAGUACAAGGGGCAAAAAGUGUGUGUGCUGGAUCUUCUGUUUUCUAAGUAUGUCCCUCAAGAUAAAAGGCAAGAGCUCCUUGAACUGUACAGAGCAGGGACAUUGCCCAUUCAAGAAAUGAUAACCACAAUCACUGCCAUGAUUGAUGAGGUUGAAAGCAAACAUGGGAAGCACAAGGCAAACAGAAAAACGUCCUGCAGAAAAGGGAAAGUAUGUUGGAAGGACCAGGGUGCCCACUCAUAGCCAACUGAGUAAUCAAAGCCUGGUGGUUCAUUCGGCUCUCUCUAACCAAAGGCUGCCUGCCCUCCCCCCCCCACAUCCAUCCUUAACCAACAUUCUCCUUCACAAGCACACCAAGGAUGGGCCCUGUCAGCAGGAAGCCGUUCAUCUGCUGUGACCUUUUGAGAGAGUUCUUAAUGCUAUUGUUUCUCUGCAUUUGCACACUGGUGGGGGGCCUGGGGCAAUUCUUGUUUUGAGCAUCUGCACUUCUUCCCUGGAUUGCCAGCCACAACUGAAAGAAGUUCUGCUCAUACAGCACUCUCCCUGAAAGGCAUGGGGUGUGUGUGAAAAUAAUGUCUGUGACUUCAAGCAAUCUCUGCAUGAAACAGGGGUCUCCAUCAUCGCUGGUAGCUACUCAAGGAUGGUGCAACCUGGGUGUGACCAAGGACAAGAGUGAACCAUUCGUGACUUGAGAGGGUGCAUUGAGAGUGCUAAAAAGCAGGAUGUGACCCCCCCUUAAGCUGGUCUGUGGAUGUCAGUUCACAAUGGAAAAUGACUUGGACUGAAUACUUGAUUUCCACAUCUAUCCGUUUUUUGGUCAAACACUGCUUUCCCCCUGUAGAUUGUGGGGAACAUAGGAAAUUUGGCUUCCAUUUUCACUGAUCUUUGUUUAUUCCAAACCUGGGGUUGCAACACCCACCCGGGAAACAUCACAAGUGGGCUACAGUUGUGAGCCCAGGUCCAAAGGCCCUUCCAUUCUGUGAUGGGUUCCAGAGCGGGUGAUUUAAACGCUUCAUAAGAAAGGACACUGGAAGGAUGUCAGAGAGCAACUACUCAGCUUGACUGUUUCUGCUAACAAUAAAAUGCAACUUUAAAACUCUC